AUGCAUCAUCAAGACAAGCUUCUCCUAGAUGCCACGAGUGGAGGUUCAUUAAUCAAGAACAAGACCACUGCAGAAGCAUGGGAAGUUAUAUCAGACUUGGCGGACUCCACUCAACACUCAAGGGCGAGGAGCCCACAACCGAAAGCUGUGAAUGAAGUUUCUCCCUCCGGAGAUGCUAUUUUGACCAAGACCCUUGGUGAAAUGACAAUUAUGUUGCAACAACUCACCCAAGGGCAACAAAUCCCUCAAGCUUUGAUAAGUGCUCCACCUCAACCUCAAAGGAUCGAAGGACCACCAAGGGUAUGUGGUGUUUGUGCGUAUAACACUCAUUACACCGAUGAGUGUCCUCGGCUCCAAGAGGACACUACAUUGGCGGUAGCUAACUCUUACCCACAAAACCAAAUUAUAACUAAGGAUCUAACCAACAUGGAGGAAAUCAAAACCAAGGGUGGAGGGAUAACUCAAACCAAAGGUGGAACCAAGAUCCUCAAGCUCAUCCCAACCAAAACUCCCAAGUCUACUACUAUCAACAACCCCAAGGCCAACAACCAUACCAAUAACCAUACCAACAACCCCCACAAUCUCAACCUCAAGGGAAGUACCAACCCCCACAUAGUAGGCCUAGCCCUCCUCAAGAGCGGCACUAAAUUGGAUAAGAAUGUUGCUAUACCUACAAAGUUGAGUGAGGAGACAAACAAUGAAGAUGUGUGGGAUGAAGUGGAGGUGAUGAGGGAUGAAGAUGAAGGUGUUGAUAAAAGCAAGGAAGAACCACCCAAGGUCAAGGAGGCAAAGAGAAAGACUUUUCUUGAAGAGCCUUUGCCCAUUCCAUUCCCAACUUUAGCCAAGAAGGCCAAGAACCAAGAAGAGCUUGACCCCACUAUGGUGGAAGUUUUCAAGAAGGUUGAAGUCACCGUUCCUCUCUUCCAAGAAAUUCAACAAGUGCCAAGAUAUGCCAAGUUCCUUAAAGAUGUUUGCACUCACAAAAAAAAGCUUGGCAACCUCAACACAAGGCCGAGGUUCGGGGCGAGGUUUGUGCUAGCCGACAAGAGUAUUAUGUCCAUUAUUGGGAUUGCUGAAAAUGUCUUAGUCAAUAUUCAAGGAUUGCUCUUUGCAGUUGAUUUUCACAUAUUGGAGACACUUCCUAUUGAGUCAAACAAGCCAUCAUCCAUACUCCUUGGAAGGCCAUUCUUAAAGACAACCCGUUUCAAGCUAGAUGCACAUUUGGGAGUCUAUUCUUUUGAGGCGGAUGGCAAGUUAUUCAAGUUCACCCUGGAAGAGUCCAACAAGCCCGUUCUUAAAGCGUAUUCUAUUUUUGCUGCGAUGUAG